GGUUCUCUCGUCCAUGCCUCAGUCUAGCUAGCCCCUGGAGCCCUGCAGAGAGUCAACGAACAACUACCGGUGGAGUGAGAGAAAAGGGAAACUCCCGUCUGCGUGUCUGUCACACGGAACGAAAACAAACGUGUUGGACUGAGUGAGAGCGCGCUGUUGAAAUAAACGAGGCAACAAUGUCUGAGGGAGUUAUCACCAGAAUGGGUCUUCUUCUGCUCAUCAUCAGCUCGACAAUGGCCCAGGACUGUUCCGAUCCCUGUGACUGCCCAUCGGAUCCCCCUCCAUGCCCGUUUGGUACCAGCCUGGUUCUGGAUGGCUGUGGUUGCUGCAAGGUGUGUGCCAGGCAAGCCGGCGAGCCCUGUACCGUCCUGGAGCCAUGUGACCACCACAAAGAGCUUUACUGUGAUUAUGCAAUGCUGAGUGACACCGAGCACGGCAUCUGCAUGUCCCAGGAAGGCCAGACGUGUGACCUGGGAGGGGUCAUCUACCGCAGUGGAGAGACCUUUCAGCCCAGCUGCAAGCACCAGUGUGUUUGUAUGAACGGAGAGAUCGGCUGCGUGCCAACCUGUGCCAACAACGUGCUGCUGGCCUCUCCAGACUGCCCGUACCCACGCCGCAUCCAGAUCCCUGGGAAGUGCUGUGAGGAGUGGGUGUGUGACCAGAGUCCUCAGGACCACCCCUACCAGUCAGCCAUGGCUGUCUACAGAAAGGAGUCGGCCCACGUGCCGGUCCCGGUGGAGAGCCCCAGGGAGAACUGCAUCGUCCAGACCACCAAAUGGGGCGAGUGCUCGGCCACUUGCGGCAUGGGCGUGUCGUCCCGCGUCACCAACGACAACGAGCGGUGCCAGCUGGAGAGGCAGACCCGUGUCUGUAUGAUCCGGCCCUGCCACGUGGAGCAAGAGAAGGACAUCAAGAGGGGGAAGAAGUGUGUACGGACCCCCAAGUCCCCGCGAGGCGUGCGUUUCCAGCUGUCAGGCUGCAGCAGCAGGAGGGUCUACAAGCCCAAGUUCUGUGGUGUGUGUACAGACGGGCGCUGCUGCACCCCCCACACCACCGUCACCGCAGAGGUGGAGUUCCACUGUCCCGAGGGAGACGCCUUCAGACGCAAGAUGAUGUUCGUCAAGACGUGCUCCUGUCACCACGACUGUCCCCGAGACAAUGACAUCUUCCUGGCUUCGCACACACGCAGGAUGAUCGGGGACUAUGACAACGAUAUGUAACCGACGUGGCUGCCGUACGCACUGGACAGAUAACGUUACAUAUA